GACAUUUCCUAUAAAAGGAGUUGCAGAACACCCAUCAUUUCAUUCCAGGCUGCAAAGACAAGUUCGUUCUCUUCAGUACAGAAACACAACCGAAUUACAACCAUGAAGGUACUUAUUCUGUUGGUGGCCGUUGCCGUAGUCGCUGCUACAUUUGAGUUUGAAGACUUUGCAGAGGGCGACAUGAUUGCCAAGAGAGCAUACGACGACCUGAUGGAGUUCUCCAAGAGAGCACGAGGAAACAAGGGAAAACCAUACUCUUGUGUCAAUGACUACGGACAGGACUGCGCAUGCUCAGACACCCGUGGUGGCAAGAAGAAGUACCUCGUCUGCAACUAGAUUUAAAAAGAUUUACAACAGGACCCGAUGACCGGAUACGAUAUUUUGUAAAAUAGAAAUACUGUUUUGACUUCAGGACUGGGGUCGGUGGGUAGGGUUGGUGGCUGGGCAGGCCGGGAAGAACUCUGUAGUUUGCUUACGGUAAACUAAGAGCAUUUAAACCCUACUCGGUAAUGAAUAUCAACCAGGGGUGAACAACAUCACUCUGAUUCUCAUUAUAGUUACUUUACAACCCAUAUUUUUUAGAAAUGUUUAAUCCAAACAAGAAGGUUUUAGAUUGGCUUGAACACGACUGUAAAAUUGGUUUGAUUGAAAGUUUGUUAUCGACAUGGAACAGCCGUUGGACCAAUGUAGUAGGGCCUACUGGUUAGAACUAAUACCAUUAUGCUAUCCAUCCUCCCAAAUUUACAAUUAGCUUUAAAACAAAAUAUGCAAUGUUGUGUUAUGUUUGAAAAUUGACCCGUGACAUAUCAGAAAGGAAUAAAAUACUAAAUGAAUAUGCAAA